UUUUAGAUCUCGCGUCUGGAUGCUGCGCGCGCACACGCGUGGGUUCGUCUACGGCGCGCGCUGGAGAUCCGCGGGUGCGUUUUUAUGAAUGAGUGUGUGAUCGCCAUCGUUUCUCUCAUAGCAACCCAUUAACGAGUAGGAACAGACAUAUACUUAUUCAGGACUCACGUGACGCUGUACGCUCUUCAUCAUUGGCUGACUUCUCGGGACGGCUAGAAGAAAACACAGAAGAGACCCGGAAACGGCAGAACCCCUCUGCAAGAGAGACGGAUCAAAGGAGAGGAAGUCGGGACGCUGAGACCGAGGUCUGAAGCUCAAGUUAUGCUGCAGACCAUUUAUGAAGCUGACUCCAGCAUCACUGCAGAGUGGAGGAGGAGAAGCCUGGACACACACGCCGCUGCCGUCGGAUCAGACUCGGAGGGGUUGUCCGCGUCGGGCACAUCUGAGGUCAGCAUGUUGGACUGGGACCGUGAUUCGGACGACUGGGAGAAGCAGUUACAGCGCGAGCUGCUUCUGAUCCAGAGACAGCAGCAGAUCCAGAAACAGCUGCUCAUCUCUGAGUUCCAGAAGCAGCACCAGAACCUGCUGAGGCAACACCAGGCCCAGCUCGAGGAGCACAUCAAGGUACAGCCAUCUCACAGGGAACCCGCACACAACUUUGGCAAGCUCCAGCAGGCUCUGCUAACUCUACGGCAGCAGCAGGAGGUGUUCGCCGAGGAGCGUCGGCUGAUGUGUGAAGAGGAGAGAGAGGAGGUGCGGGAGGACGAGAAGGAGCUCCACAGGAGAGAAACACAGAAACACCAGCACCACAGACGGAAGGAGCGAUCUAAAGAGAGUGCGAUGGCCAGUACUGAAGUUCGUCAGAAACUGCACGACUUUCUGAUGAGUAAAUCGGCUAAAGACCCGUCUGUGUCCGGCGCUGGUUACCCUCUCAGCCACUCAAAACUGUGGUACAGCUCCGCCCACCCGGGUCCUGCCGAACAGAGCUCCCCUCCUCUGGGAGAGACUCCGCCCACCUUCAAAUACCCUCUGACCUCUGGCCUGGACUACAGAGAGGACUUCCCUCUCAGGAAGACUGCAUCUGAGCCCAAUCUGAAGGUCCGGUCCAGACUCAAGCAGAAGGUUUCUGAGAGAAGAAGCGGGCCGAUACGCCGCAGAGACGGCAGCGUUCUCGUCACGCCGAUGAAAAAACGAACUCUAGAGCUAACAGAUUCUUCAGCCAAUGAGAGCCCUGCAGGUUCUGGACCGAGCUCACCCAUUGGCUUGUGCGGCAAUGAGAACGGAGCAUCAUACCGGUCCAGCACCAGCCAAAUUGAGCGGUGUCUGUCUCAGAGCGGCGUCCUACACACGGAUGGAUCCCUGUCCCUGUUGAACCUCUACACAUCCCCCUCUCUGCCCAACCUCACGCUGGCUCUGCACCCGGCUCACGCGCACCUCUGCACGGGUACGGCGCUGAAGGACCGGAGCACAGAAGGUCUGGCCGCGUGUCCCGUCUCGCUGGAUAGUAAAGCGAGCAACGGACAGCAAGCGCUCCUGCAACACCUGCUUCUGAAGGAGCAGAGACAGCAGAGGAUGAUCUCGCCCGUCACAGGCAGCGUCCCCGUGCUGUCCUCGUCUCCUCUGGCGAUGAAGGAGCGCGCGUCGGCGAGCGCUCGCGUCAGGUUACCGCGACACCGCCCCCUGAACCGCACGCAGUCGGCGCCGCUACCACAGAGCGCUCUGGCCCAGCUCGUGCUGCAGCAACAACACCACAACUUCGUGGAGAAGCAGAAACAGUUUCACCAACAGGUUCACAUCAGCCAGGUUCUGUCUCAGUCCAUCGAUCAGCUGAGGAACUCCAGCACUCAUCUGGAGGAGGAGGAGGAGGAAGAGGAAGAGCACCGAGAGCCAGAGAUCACAUCGCCCCCUGCUGGAGUCAUCCGCAGCCGCAGCUUCAGAAACACACACACCGAGCCCAGGGUGAUCCGGCUGAAAACUGAGCCCGAGGAUGGAGAGAUCGAGGAUGUGAGAGAGAAGGGUACCGGAGGAGAUGCAGGUGAAGAACAGAAGGAGAUGUGCGCUCCGCUGAAACGAAGCGACGACGAACGACGUCUUGAAAAUAUGACGGAAACCUGACGUUUGAAAAAAAAAAGAAAGAAAGAAAGGAAGAAAGAAAGGGCCGAAUCUCAUGAAAAUAGUCAAUAUGUCCAGGUCGUAUUAAAAAAAAUAAUUAACUAAUUUCUUUUUGCUCAAAGAAAAAAAGCCUUAAGAUUUUUUAUUAUGACAAUUUUUUGCUUUGUGAUAAUUGAUUUUAACUUUAUUGAAUCUAUUAUAUUAUUUUUUUUUUGCAUUUUUUUUUUAUUUUAAAAUUACAUUUUAAUAAGAAGUUGGGAGAAUUACUGUAUUAAAAAAUAUUUAAACAUAAAUUAAAGGCAGAUAUUUAGAAUAAAUACUGCAUGAUGCAAAAACUACUGUAAUGUACCAUCAGUUUGUUUUGCUUUACAGUAAUGGUUUCGCAAAAACAGGUUCCACUUACUUUAAGCAAAAUCUCCUUUCUUUAGUUUGUGGGGUGAAAUGUGACCUGGACAUUUUUGCAUUGAGGUUCAACCAAAGAAAACGAGCGAUAGUAAGUGAUGAGAACGAAUCAAAGUGAAGUCCGGAAAGAGAAAGUGAGCAGGAAUGAGAGUGAAGAUGUUCCUCACUCAGUCGGAGUUCGCCCUGUUAGUGUGACACUGUAUGUGACCUCUGACCUCUGUCUCUGCUGUGAUCUUCCUUCUCGGUGGUUGUUGUUGUUGUGUGUGAAGCUAAAUCAAGAAAAGCAAUGACCACAGAGCUUCAUUUGACCCCCCACAUUAAAGCAACAGUAGCGCAGCAGCUGUUUGUCCAGCCGGCCGCGUGUGAAGGGGCGUCUGACUGGAGGAAAUGAUGCGGCCAGCUUUUCUUUUCAGUGUCUGUCUGAAGGGCGACGCGCAGAAACCGUGAUAAAUGACGUCGUGAAAACCAGUAUACACACCACAAUUUAGUGCCGAAAGUAAAUUAACACGUAUUGCUGUGAUGAACACAACUAGGUUUCUCGGUUGUUGUCACGACUGAGACGAAACGCUCCCUGCUGUUUUCUGGAGGCCGGAUUCACCAAAAUCUGCGUAAGGAAGAGGUUAUGCCGCUCUCAAAUGCACUGAAGCUGCUGAAAAUGAUGCUGUAAUUAUAAA